GUCUAAGUUAGGAUCGUGCAACCAAGAUGUCUAGAUUGCAGACUUUUCGUCUUUUGUUUAGUCGCUAUUGUCUGCUGCAAAGCAUGAAUGUGCGGAACGUAUCAGACUCAGGAGACUUUACAGCCGCUUUUGCUAGCGCUCAGGAGAAACUGAAAAGCGUGGAGACAGAACCGAACGACAAGAUCAAAUUGGAAUUGUAUGCUCUCUACAAACAGGCUACUAUUGGUGUCUGCAAUACUCCCAAUCCAGGGGCAUUUGAUUUUGUUGCUAAAGCAAAACGAGAUGCUUGGCUAUCACUUGGUGACAUGACCAAAGAUGAUGCACAGAAGGGGUAUGCGAAACUCGUAGAUCGAAUCACAGGCAAAUCUGGCAGUGGUGCCUCUUAACUGCCACUCAAUGAUGAGACUGCUACAUUGUGGUUGGCAAUUGUAAUGCUAUACCGUAUAGAAUGUUGGUGUAUUGUCAUGCUGAUAAAAAUUGUUAGCAAGAGCCAAUUUGCAAAUAUUAGUUUACCUUAUUAACUAGUGCAACUGUAGACUUGGCUUUUGGGCCACAGUUGACAUCUUGUUAUCUCUAGUUUGUUUGAUUAAUUAAUUAAAGGGAUUGUA